AUGAAUAUGUUGGAUGAUGAAGAUGACCAAAGCUUUCACGCUACGCGUGACGGCUACUCCCAUUUGAGCGAUGUCGAAUGGGAUGCGGUUGAACGAAUGGGUUCGACCAUGGGCAUCCAUGCUGUUAGCGUCAUGCUAGAGGCUCUCAAUAGAGACGCCCAACAUGCUACUAUCGCCAAGUUCAUCCAAAAUGAACUUGACGCUGAACGCGAGAAAGUAGCCUUGCUUCACCAACAAGGUUCUCAACAAGCAGAGUUGUUGAGAGAACAAGGUGCUCAACAGUUUGAACUGUUGAGACAGCAGCAGGCUGCUGCUGGCGGGUCGAUGCACUCGCGUCGGCCCGAGACUUUGAAGAUUGACAUCUCAAAGUAUAGGGGGGUCGAAGAAGACUCCCUCUUGAGAUGGUUCGUCGAAUUGGACGACGCUAUAAGGGCGCGUCGCAUCGACGACGGGGAUACGCAAGUUGCAUUUGCCCAGUCAAAUCUGGCAGGACGUGCCAAGACUUGGGCACUGGGGCUCAAGCUGCACGACCCAUAUGCGUUUGGGUCGUUGGAAGUCUUCAAGUCGCGGCUCAGACAAACGUUUGAACCGCCUAGAGCUGAGUUCAGGGCUUGA